UUUUGUGAUAACAAAUUUACAAGAAAAGGGGAAAAACCCCGACUUAAUUAGUUUGGAAACUUCGUUUAUAAAAUUGCUUCCGCGAAUGUAAAUUUAUGUGCACAUUUUUCAAAUGUGCGGUGUAUUGUUUUAUUUUAAGAAUGUUUGUUGGAUUGUGUUACUAGUCUACUGAGUACUUAGUUUUCAAAGCAUCAAUAACAACCAAGGCUUACAUUUAAUAAAUGAAUGUUUGUAGGAUACAGAAAAAUGUUUUAUUCCACGAUGAGUCUUCCCAAAGUGGUUAUCCUUAGUAUUUUUUGCAUUGCAAAUGUACAAUGUCACUACAAUAGAGAACCAUUAGUAUCAACAAAUUUUGGCGACCUAAAGGGUUCUAUUCUCACCAGCAGACUUGGGAAAUCAAUAUACUCCUUUAGAGGAAUUCGAUAUGCCGAGCCUCCUGUCAAAGAAUUAAGAUUUAAACCACCUGUGCCAAUAGAACAUGUCGAAGGUAUUUAUGAUGCUACAAAAGAUGGUCCCUCAUGUCCUCAACCUGGUUAUGAACCGGUUUCAGAGGACUGUUUGUUUCUUAACGUUUACACAACAAAACUUCCUCAUGGUAAAUAUAAUCCCAAACGACCAGUAAUAGUUUUUAUACAUUCUGGAGGCUUUUAUAGUUCUACUUCAGAUAGUUCCUGGUUAGGUCCUCAUUAUUUUCUGGACCAAGAUAUUGUUUUGGUAUCAUUUAAUUAUCGUAUUGGAACUUUAGGAUUUUUAAGUACUGGAGACAAAGAAGCACCUGGAAACAAUGGAUUUAAGGAUCAAAUUGUAGUUUUGAAGUGGGUACAGAAAAAUAUUGAAAAGUUUGGUGGAGAUCCAAAUUCUGUAACUAUACUGGGAUAUAGUGCUGGAGGAUGGAGUUUAGUGUUACAUAUGCUUUCCCCUCUUUCUGAAGGUUUAUUCCAUAAAGGAGGUUCAUUAAGUGGUUCACCUUUGGGAAUAUGGCCAAUUCCUUACAAUCAAACAGAUAUUGCAAAGAAACAGGCAAGAAUUCUUGGUUGCCCAGAUGAUACCACAGCAAAUAUUGUUAAAUGCUUAAAAACGAAAUCAGCAGAUGAUUUAGGCAACUCUCUUUUGCAAUUUAGGGAGUACGGAUCAUGGCUUCUUUUAAUAUGGUCGCCAGUAAUUGAACCCGACGUAGGUGAACCCAGAUUUUUAUCAGAUCAUCCAAUUCGUCUUAUUAAGAAUGGUCAUAUGAAACAAAUACCAUAUAUUUGCGGAAGAACCACUGAGGAAGUUAGUUAUUUUGCUAACGAUAUUCUGAAGAACAGAACAUUAACCAAAGAACUGAAUGAUGACUUUGAAAAAAUAGCUCCCGUUUUAUUUUUAUACGAAAGAAAUACAAAUUUUUCUAAAAGAGUCAGUAGAAAAAUUAAAAAUGUAUAUUUCCAUGAUAGACCAAUUGAUUGGAGUCAAGAAACGAAUUUUAAAGAAUUAUAUGAAGAUGCAGUUGUUGGAUUCCAAAUGCAUCGUGCGGCAAAAUUGAUUUCAGAAUAUAACAAGUAUCCUGUAUAUUACUAUAAAUUUACCUACCCAGGACGUUAUAGUUUUGCAUAUAAAGAUGGUACAAAUAAUACGAUACCAUAUGGUGUAGUUCACCAUGAUGAUUUAAUUUAUUUAUUUUACAAUUCAAAGUUGUUUCCAUUAUUUAAGGAACACGGCCCAAAAGAAAUUGAAAUGGUAGAGAAACUAACUAUGCUGUAUGCCAACUUUGCAAGGACAGGGAAUCCAACACCUGGUAGAUCAGAAGCAUUGGAUAACACAAUAUGGGAACCAUAUAAUCUAACAGAAAGAAAAUAUUUAGAUAUUGGCAAAAGGCUGGUAGUCAAGGAAAAACUUAAUGAGAAUCGUUUUGAAGUUUGGGAGAAACUCUAUCCCAUUCAAUCGUAUCUAGAACAAGGCAACAAAAAUAACUGAAGAAUUUAUUAUGUGCUUAUUUAAUAAAAUAUAUAAUUUAGUUAAUAGAGAGUUAUUGCAAGUUCACUUAAGGUCAGUCACUAUUACCGCCUCUCUUAUUUAGGUUCUAGAACUAACUUUAUUAAAGAUUGUGCCUGUCCUUAAUUGUGGAUGUUUAAGGGCAACAGAGAGUGGCAACUUUAUAGCUUUCGGGUGCGUUCGCCGAUAUUCAUAUCAGUUCGAAGUUAUUUAAUAUUAAAUACUUAAUAUCAUCGUCAUCAAAACCUUCUAAGAUGAUAAUUUCUAAUACCUCUUCCAAAUUAUGUACUAUUACAGACAACAAAAAAGAUGAACUGUAGUUUAAAAUGAGGUUAGAAAUAUGUUUAAGAAAAAGGACUCUAAUAUCAAAACUUCAGGUUUGCAAUAAGUCUUAUUUUAGCAUGGAAUUUAUUACCCUCUAAAUACGUUGUCACUAUUAGUGGCUGACGUUAUACAAAUUUGCAAUAUCUCUCUAAUAAUGCUUAUUGGAAUAAUGAAAUGAUCCUUUGAAAUGUAAUACAAAUAUAUAUAUUAUGUUAAAUAAAUUGAUAUUUAUGUAAAGACAUUUGAGCUUUUAAUGAAGACUAGUUGCUAAAUUAUGACAGUAGCCCAGCGAGUGCCAUAUUCGUACCGAGUAUACAAGUAUUUAUUAAUUAGUAUUUUGUACAAAAAUAAGGGACUUCUCAACGAGGUAGUGCUUCUUCAAGGGGGUGUAAUAGGUCUCAUCUACGAUGAAGAGUCUUCUAUUGUACUACGUAGGUCCUUAAGAUGUUAAUACUUCUUUAAAUCAGCAAAUACUUCUUCAUAUAACAAGAUAGCAAUCUUAAUCUUUCUUCAAAUUAAACCAUAAAAUUAUUCUUCCCAUAAAACGAUGAUCAUAGAGAUUCUUCUUCAUUUAACUAUAAAAAAUACCAUUUUGAUGUUGCAUCGCCUUCAGAUGUUGCAUUGCAUUCAUCUGAUGGUCACUAAAAAAAAAUAAUCUCUUAAUCAGAGUAAAGCAAGUAAAGUUGAAAUAAAAUUUGACUGACAGACCCGAUUUGUCAUCCAAGGAAAGAGAUAAGACAAAAGAGAUGUCAGAAAAAUAAUGGUAUGAAGGACAUACCGUUAAAAUUCAUCCCAACGUAGUACCGUAACAAAUACCUUCCUCUCCGCCUCGACGCUAGGCGUCUUGAUGCAAGGCGAUGCUCAAUGCUGCGACGUACCCAGAACCGACACCGUUAAAACGCUGGAUAAAAUAAGUACAUAAUGUUUAGACGAACCAAAUGUUUAUAUUUUCAAUGGUGAGUCGAAAAGGAUAAUGUAAUUUUUUUAAGAUAUCACCGGUGUUUCGUUUUAGACCUGACAUUUGCUUCAAAAUAAUAUUAUUGUAACCAAAAAUGAACCACAUGGCAUUUGGGCAUUUACUCCAAAAGACAGUUAAGUUAACAUAUGUUUUCGGUGGAUGAAUUUAGAUCUUUUAGAUUAAAAUAAUAAAUAUCAAUAUUUUAGAAAUAUGCAGGGAUGUAUCAUUUUUGUUAAAUAUCUAAAUAAACCUAGAUGGUAAAAAGUAAUAGUAAGUUAACCAACUGGUUAAUUGAUACUGUUCCUUAGCUCAAGGGGGUUACCUAUACUAGCCACCCAUUUUACUAGAUUAAAACUAUAAAGUGUAUGUAACAUCAACACAGUAAGUUAACCAGUUGGCGAAUUGGCGCUGUUUGUUAAAUCCGUUGGUCAUCACCUCUAUACUCGUCAAAAUAAAUAUCUAAUAAAAUGCAAUCUAAAGUAUAUCUAGAAUGAAAUCAAGCUAAAUAAAAUAUAAACAUCAACACAGUAAGUUAACCAACUGGCGAAUUAGCGCUGUUCGUUAACUACAUUAGUCAGCAAGCUAAAUAAAAUAUAUCUUGAUAGCAAAUGAACGUUCUGCAUUUGAGCGAGACUCAGGUGAGAUCUCAGUAAAAAGUAC